AGUGACGUCAGGGAUCCAGCUGUGCGCCUCUCUCCUGCCUCUCGGCACACAGAGAGUGGCCUGUAUUUCCCUCUUAUGAGAGGGACGUCCCCCUUUUUCCCCUGACACAUUUCGUACGGAAUGUCUUGUCAGAGUGAGUGAUGUUGGGGACCCAGCUGUGCGCUCUCCUGCCUGUCUGCACGCAGAGAGCUGCUAUUCCCCCUCCUUUCUGUCACUGGGCAAAGUGUGACCUUCGUCUCUACUUUCUCACAGCGGCAGGUAUGAGGGAGCCGGUGUUUGAGUUCAUCCGCCCCCCGGUGUACCACCCCCCCCAGGUCAAACACCCCCACCGGCAGCCGCUGCGUUACCUGGACAGGUACAGGAACGGGAAGGAACACACCUAUGGGAUUUACUAGUUAUGAGACUCUAGAAAAACCCUCAAAAUGUCCUCGCAAAUAUGUCGUCAUGUUUGGCGAAUUUGUGUUAUCAAUAAAGCAUUUUUCAGUCGUGCAGAUUUCAUUUUGCAGGUUAUUUUGACCACUUAUUGGAUCUGUUUCUUUGUAGGAAACAGGAAGGAUAUGGCCAUUUAAAAAAUGUG